CACACCAACGGGGUUUAUCGAGGGUUUCUCUGCAACCCCCUCUUCAGCACAAAGCCAUGAGAAAAGCUUCCCUAAUAUUAUCACCUCUCAGAAACUCCAUUAAUCCUCUCUCAGAUAAGGCUAUCUCUCACUUCAAAGCCCUAAUUUUUGCCCACCAUUUUCAUUCUGACUUCUCUCUUGGCCACCUCGAAAGAGAUCCAGCUUCAGAGCCUCACCUCAAGCCCUGUAAAAAUCACCAUGGAUUGCUCUAUAACAAGGGAUACAAGCAGUUUCAGAGAAGCCCAUGUAGGAAUAUGGAUACUAUUGCUUCCAAAGCGCCCUCCAUUUCUUCUAGACAGAGAAAGAUCAAAGAAAAGGAGGUCCUGGAAGAAGAAUUUGAGGCUGCAACCUCAACUGAUGAAAUUCUCAGAGCUUUUGAAGCCAUGGAAUCUGCGUUUGAUGAGAAAGAUAAGCGUCUAGGCCUUUCUUGCUUGAAAGUUGGGCAACACCUUGAUUCCGUAGGUGAGGACCCUGAAACCACUUUGAAUUAUGCAACAAGAGCUCUGGAGAUCUUGGAAUUUGAUGGUAAGGACUCUUUACUCGUUGCGAUGGCUCUGCAUCUUUUGGGCUCGGUGAACUAUGCCUUAAAGAGGUUUAAUGAUAGCUUGGGGUACUUAAAUAGAGCGAAUCGAAUAUUGCAGGAGCUUGAAUUGGAGAGUUGUGACUUUGAUAUCAAACCAGUGAGCCAUGCUGUUCAGCUUUUGUUGGGUAAUGUGAAAACAGCAAUGGGUCGUCGUGAAGAAGCUCUGGUUAAUCUCUGCAACUCUUUGAGGAUCAAAGAAUCAAUUUUUGAACCGAACAGUCGAGAAUUGGGUGUGGCUAAUAGGGAAGUUGCAGAGGCUUAUGCUGCAGUUUUGAGAUUCAAAGAAGCUCUUCCUCUUUGUUUAAAGGCUCUUGAAAUACACAACGAAUUGCUAGGCCAAAACUCAGUUGAAGUAGCCCAUGAUCGAAGGCUUCUUGGUGUUAUUUAUUGUGGUUUAGAGGAACACCAAAAGGCAUUGGAGCAAAAUGAAAUGGCACAAAGGGUUUUGAAGAAUUGGGGUCUCUCUUCUGAUGUUGUUGAGGCUGAGAUUGAUGCUGCAAAUAUCCAAAUUGCCCUUGGGAAACAUGAGCAGGCCAUAGCCACUCUUCGGGGUUUGGUUCAACAAACGAAGAAGGAGAGUGGGACUCGAGCUAUGGUCUUCAUAGCUAUGGCAAAAGCUCUUUGCCACCAAGAAAAAUUUGCUGAUUCAAAGAGGUGUUGCGAGAUUGCCUCUGGGAUACUCGAGAAGAAAGAAAUAGAACAACCCACAAAAAUUGCAGAGGCCUACACUGAGAUUGCCAUGUUAUAUGAGACAAUGAAUGAGUUUGAGACUGCAAUUUCUCUUUUGAAAAGGGCUCUUGCUAUAUGCGAGAAGAUUCCUCAAGAACAACACUCGGAGGCGAGCACAUCGGGGAGAAUUGGGUGGCUUCUUCUUUUGACUGGGAAAGUGCAACAAGCAAUUCCUUACCUGGAGAGUGCGGCCGAGAGGUUGAAAGAGAGUUUUGGGCCAAAGCAUUUCGGUGUUGGGUAUAUAUAUAACAAUUUAGGGGCUGCAUAUCUAGAGCUCGAGAGGCCGCAUUCAGCUGCUCAGAUGUUUGCUCUUGCAAAAGAUGUUAUGGAUAUUGCCCUUGGGCCUCACCAUGUUGAUUCUAUCGAAACUUGUCAGAAUCUUGCAAACGCAUAUUGUGCUAUGGGAAGUUAUGGGCUUGCUAUGGAGUUUCAGCAGAAAGUGAUCGAUGCCUGGGCAAGCCAUGGACCCAGUGCAAGAGAUGAGUUCAGUGAAGCUCACAGGCUUCUUGAACAGCUUAAGAACAAGGGCAAACAGUCAUCAGAGGGAGCUCCUAUCAAGGCCUUGCCUCUUUCAAAUUCAAGCAAAGUUACCCAUAGCAAAAUAAUGGCCCUUUCUGAUCUUGAAGUAAGUUAAUCAAAAUCAUAAAAUGUUACUUCACCACUUAUCCAGCCAAAAGAGAACAAGAGAGAGAAAUUGAUUGAUGCCUUUUCUCUAAAGGGUUAUUUGAUACUUACGCGCAAAAUGCUUUCCACUUAGAGAUUCAAGUUAUAAAUGUUGCUUCAAUGACUCGGAAUUUUGGGGGAUCCAAUUUUGUUUUGGGCCUGAACUCUUUCUGAAUCAACUAUUCAGAUCUAGUUUUGUAUUUUCUGGCAGAUUAUGCAAGGAUCACAAUCGUUGUACUAAGCUUUUACUCGUGUUGGAUUUACCCUAUAAAUAAUGCCAUCAAAUGUAACAACAGAGGGACGGACACACAUGAUUCUCUGCUCCUGUUGUACUGUGGUAUAUCUAUUCAACAUCAGUUUUAGAGGAGUGAAA